AUGGACAGCCUGGAAAGCCGCUCGCGCGAUACUCAACAAAGGACGUUCUGUAAAUGGUUGAACACGAAGCUAGAGGCGAAUGGAUACCCGCCGAUGUCGUCUCUUGUCAAAGAUCUGUCGGAUGGUGUCCGGCUCAUCCAACUCAUGGAGAUCAUGGGCGACACCUCGCUCGGGCGGUACAAUAAGAAUCCUAGAAUGCGCGUCCAGAAGGCGGAGAACGUCAACAAGGCACUAGAAUUCAUCACCUCGCGGGGCGUUAAGCUGACCAACAUCGGGCCCGAAGACAUCAUCGACGGGAACCUGAAGCUCAUUCUCGGGAUGAUCUGGACGCUUAUCCUACGGUUCACGAUCGCGGACAUCAGCGAAGAAGGCCUCUCGGCAAAGGAAGGCCUGCUCCUGUGGUGUCAGAGGAAGACGGAGCCGUACAAGGAGGUAGAUGUGCAGGAUUUCUCGCACAGUGUGCCCUCAUUCAUUGUCAUCGGCCAGACCUGCUCGAUUACGAUAAGCUCGACAAGGCAUAGUCCUACCCGUCGCCGUUUGGCAGCCGAACACCUUAACAUCCCUCAACUGUUAGAAGUUGAAGAUCUGUGCGAUUCGGCCCAUCCAGACGAACGGAGUGUGAUGACUUAUAUUGCAAGCUUUUUCCACGCGUUUUCGACAAUGGAUCAAGCAGAGACGGAAUCGCGGAGAGUGGAGAAAUUUGCCGAACUUAUGCAGUCAGCGUGGCUGAUAAGGAACGAUUACGAACGGCGGAUACGCCUGCUCCUCGCAGCAUUGUCCUCGAUCCAAUCCCAAUGGGCAUCCCAAGUCUUCACAGGAACCUAUACAGACGCGAAGGAGCAAUCGGCUGAAUUUACCAACUACAAGCAAACGACGAAGCGAACAUGGGUUAUCGAACGACAGGAUGUCGCAACCCUCUUCGGGAAUGUGCAGACGAAGCUGAAGACCUAUGGCCUAAGAGAAUACGUACCACCUCCGGGUCUUGCCCUGUCAGAUCUCGACGUAGCUUGGGAACUACUAUUGAAGAAGGAGGCGGAGAGGAGUCGGAAAAUAAAUGCACAGAUACGGAUGAUUAAGGAGUCGCUAAGGAAGACGUUCGCGACUCUUGCAAACGAUUUUGAACAGCGGCUACGUGCGAUCUCCAGCGAAUUGGCUGCGAUUGAAGGUCCUCUGGAAGAACAACAAGAUCACGUCUUGGACAUCCAAACACGAAUACCGACCCUCUCAGAAGCGUUGUCGACUGUUGCUCAGCUGAGGCUGAAUGCGAAGCGGCGAACGUUGAAGAGAAUGAUUACACUGUCUUUACGUAAGAAAUUAACCUUCAUCGAGAACCAGAUCGUAUCGCGAAAUAUGUCGAAUUUGACCCCAGCACAGCUCGAGGAGUUCGAAAGCACCUUCCGGUACUUUGACAAGGACGGCACAAAUACGCUGAACAUUGCGGAGAUGAUCGCGGCUCUUGCGAGCUUGGGCAUUGUCUACUCUGAAGACGACAUGGACUCGAUAUAUGACCAGCUCGUUGGGAGCUAUGGCGCAGUGACGUUCGAGGCAUUUAUCAACCUUCUGGUGGAUAUUACGGAGGACCAGACUUCGCCGGACCAGCUGCGCGAGGCAUUCCGUGGCAUAGCGAAAGACAAGCCAUUUGUGACAGAGCUAGACUUGCGGUUGGCCCAUCUUCCUGCGGUUGCCAUUGACUACCUGCGUGAUGCGAUGCCGAGUGGACGCAACGAGGCUGGCGAGGCGGAAUUUGACUAUGAGGCAUUCAUUGACGAGGUGUUUGACAGCGUCAGCAGUCUGGAGUAA